AUGUAUGAAUUCGACGAAAACCACGUCAUCGACGACGAAUUCGAUUUAGCUGCUAGAAAUGUGACGAUUACUGGAAGGGGUCUGAUUGGGAAAAAUCUUGUGAGAAAGAUCAAAAAUACGUAUGAGACAGGGAAAAACGACGAAUUCGAUUUUGAUGUUGGAAGCGAGACAAUUGUUGGAAAGGAUCUGAUUGAGAAGAAAAAUGGGAUAUUAGGGAAGAAAGAUGUGAGAGAAACAAAACAGAUCAAAAGGAAGUAUGAAACAGUUGGAGACGACGAUUACGAUAUGGAAGAUGAAACAGAAAUGGCUACUGGAAGAUACUUGAAUGGGAGAAGUGAAGAAAGAUCGGGGAAGAAGCUUGGAAGAAAGCCCAAACCAAAAAAUAACGAUUCUUAUGAGAAACAAUUGCUAAGUGGUGGUAUUUCAGGAAGUUGUGCCAUGAAAUUGUGGAAAGAAUUGAGCAACGACUACAAAAUAUUCGUUAAGAAAUAUCAAAAAGCCGUCAGUGGAUCGGGAGUGUCAGAACUUCCCUCUUUUCGAUAUGCCUCGUACAUGUCAUUUUUGGAUGUUGCUGCCGAAAAGCGACAGGUUAAAAACGCUUUUAUCAUCGGAUCCAGCGGCCACUACACAGCUGAAAGUGAUAAUGAUUUCGGCGAUGACAAAAAAGCAGAAGAAGAAGAAGAUGUUUUGAACGAGAAUUCGAUGGAUGGGUUGAAGCUGGAAACGCCAAAACGGAAACGGUCUUAUGCCGAAAUGAGCACCCCGAAAAAGCCCCGUCGUCAGACACAAGUCGACGAAUUGUUGAAGAAAUUGGAUGAGUCGAACUGCUCGAUUAUGACCGCUGUUAAUGAUAUGAAAAAGGAAAGCAGCUGUAAUACUGAACGGCUCUGUAAAACAUUUCAAAAACUUACUUAA